GUGACACGUUCACUAAAAAAAAAUCCUUUUGUAGCCAAUCAUUUAUUAAGAAAAAUUAAUAAGCUUAACACAAAAGCAGAAAAGGAAAUAAUAGUAACUUGGUCCCGGGCAUCUACCAUUUUACCUAUAAUGAUCGGCCAUACUAUUGCUAUCCAUAAUGGAAAAGAGCAUUUACCUAUUUAUAUAACAGACCGUAUGGUAGGUCACAAAUUGGGAGAAUUUGCACCUACUUUAAAUUUCCGAGGACACGCGAAAGGCGAUAAUAGAUCUCGUCGUUAA